AUGGGAAUGCUGAAAAGAUCAGUAUUUUUAAGGGAGUCGUUGGAACAAGCCCUGGAGAAAGAAAGAGUUAACAUCCUUAGAGGGUCAGUGGUCACCAUCCAGAGAUAUGUCCGAGGAUAUCAAGCUAGAAAGAAAUAUAAGAGUAUGCGGCGCGGCGCAGUCAAAAUACAAACUGCAUACAGGGCCUGGACCGCCAGACGGCGAUACCAGACUGUGCGGAAGGGAAUUAUUAGAACGCAAGCCAAUUAUCGCAUGAUAAGGCAAAAAAGAGAAUACGAUAAGAUCAAAGCCAUUCUCGCAAGAAAACGGGAAGCUGAUCGAAUAGCUAUAGAACGUGUAAAAGAACGAGCCAAUCGUGAAGAACAAGAAAGAACAUCCAGGGCUGUUGCAGGAGUUAACCAUCUUGAGAUACCAGCUGAACUUGCUUUUAUAUUCAGUAAACUGGAUGAAUGGCAAUGCGUCCACAGCGAUCGAAAUGUCAUGAAGGUUGUUGGCGAGAUAGCUAAAUCCAUAUUACCAGAAUAUCGCCUUCCUUCUGACAUUGAUCAAUAUGCUUUUACAAAGUUUACUAAUGUCUACUUUAAAGCCCACAUCUGGGGAAUGAAACGGGAGCCAAUUAAAACGCCAUUUUUAGCCAAGACUAAUGAAUCGGACUACCAGUGUUCUUUAGCCUUGUUUAAAUUGAUUCUUCGAUUUAUGAAUGACAAUAACCUGAACGGUAAGAAGGAGCGGAUUUUGGGUGAUUACAUCGUCCAACAAGGUCUAUUGAAUGAAGCGAUGAGAGAUGAGAUUAUCUGCCAACUUUGCAAUCAAACGUGGAAGAACGAUAAUGAUGCUAAUAAUGAAAGAGCUUGGAUUCUUAUGGCUAAUUGUCUAAGUUGCUUCACACCAUCGAAACACCUCUACAAAUAUUUGCUCAAGUACGUGUCCGACCACGCUCAUGACGGAUACAAGGCACAUUGCCAAAGAAAACUCCUGCAGGGUCAAAAGCUUGAUCCAGAAGGUCGAAGGACUUAUCCACCUAGUCUUUUGGAAUGGAAGUCUAACACCCGCAGGACGAAUAUGGCUCUGGAAGCUAAGUUUUCUGACGGCGGCAGUAUGUACGGCCCUGUGGAGUCUCUCACCACUGGAGAAGAAUUUGCAGCCUCUUUGCUUAAAGCCAGAGGCAUUGAUGAUUGCUUUGGUUGGAGUGUAGACCUCGAGGAUGAUGGGGACUUUUACGAGCUAAAUGGAUUUGAUUACGUUUUGGACUUAGUGGCAGAAACUGAAGUCCCACCAGCUUUUCCAGUCUGCAAAUCCUUUUUUCUUGUAUCCGCCAACAAAGCUAAAAAGAGUGUUCCUUCUAGUAACAUUUGGGCUGCAUCACCUCACAAUCCAGAACGUAUUAAUACGUUUGAAAUGGAAAUAGAUGAAUCACCUCCAGCUCCAAUACGGUAUAGACAACCUGUAAAGUCUAGAUCGAUUGACGAUAUAACUCGUGCCGACCAGCAUUCAUCUCACGAAUAUGUGAGAGAAAGAAGAAAGGAACGUCUUCGAGCCACUUCACAUGAAAGAUUAUUGGACGAUUCACCCAGAUUAGAUCUUCCACUAUCAAAAACAAGUGCAUUGAAUGAUCGCUAUUUUGAAAAUGGCAAAACGACACGAUCCGACUUGAUCAUUGACGAUCCGUACAGCAGAUCUAGAACAGAUCCAGUAUCAUCAUCUGUAAUCGGACUAUCCAAAAGCAGACUUAACGAUCGGUACACUGAGCGGGAAUUGCAAGGACUGUCCGAAACGAGCAAACUCAACAAACGCUAUCUUGCCACCAAAUCGAACAACACGUCUACGCAGCCCAGGUCAGAUGUUACGGAAGAACUUCAUCACGCGAAAACUGUCCAGAGUCCACCUCCACAAUCUGCUGCUUGGCAAGAUGAGCUUGGUUUGGCAUCUUCUGCUCUUAACGAUAGGUAUUUCUCUCGCCAAGAGAUGUUGAAGAACACCAAAACUGAUGCUAGUGAUGCCGGCAGUAGAUUGGAUGGAAGUAUAGGAAAUGACAGAGCUUCAAGUCUUAAUGAUUCUGGAAAACUGAAUGGCCACUCUCCUGAUCUCAAUGGCAGUAGUCAUAUGAGGCCGGCUAGUUCUUCCUCCCAGGCUGCAAGUGAUGUCAUUGAAUUCCCAGAGUUCGAUUUCCCCGAAAAUGGCGACGAAGAUGGCGAACCUGAUGACUUCUUACCAGAUCCUGAUGGCUCUCGUUGUAGUAGAACUACAGAAUCAACUCGUUACGUAAAAUAUGGUGGAAAACAACAAGCUGUUAAAGGCCUUUCUCAUUCUACAAAGGCACACAUAGAUCGAAAUAGAGAUGACUAUAGUAGUGUAGGAGGGCCAAAGAGUUCUGCUAUGUCCGAUACAUCAGAAGCUCCAUCAUUAGCCUCCCAUGUGAAAAAUGUUCGAAUUCCCUCCCACACAUCUGAUCUUGACCAGUACCUGGAUGAUCUGUUCAACCCUGUUCUGGAUGGUAACCUAGAUGAACUAAGUGAUGCUAGGUCAUUAUCAGCGUCUAUCAAAGGAGGUCCAAGACCAAACACGAUGCCAGUCCACAAAAGAUACUCAGUCGAAUCGGAUCCUUCGUACCAUAUGUUGGAUGAGCUGUUGCCAGAACCGCAAAUUGAUGCUUUUAAAGAUCUUACUAAUCCUAACAAACUUGCCAAGGCUUUAAAAGGCGGUGGACAGGCUGUGACUGGUGGAGGAGUUGAUACUCAGCAAAGAACAUCGAACGGGAUUCAUUCUCAAAGUAUGACUCCAAACUUAUCAACUCCUUCUCCUGCGCUUCCCGGAGGGAUGAAUUCAUCAGCUUCAUCAACUACUGGAGCUUCUGGAAAUUUACCUCUCUAUAAUCUCUCUGGAAUGACUGUUCCAAUGGUAGACGCUUCCCAAUUAAUUCAGCAGCAACUGUUGCAACAACAAAUGAUCCAGCUUCAGCAAAGAGCUUUUUUAGCAUCAGCUGUUCAGCAAAAUCUACAAAUUCAACAGCAUUUAAUGCAACAGAAUCAAGCCCUGCAGCAUCUACUACAGAACAACUCUAUGAGUCCGGCAUCUCCUGCUCCAGGACCAUCUCUGUUAGCUGAAGCGCCAUCUCUUCAGUUCGGUGGGGCUAUGUCGCCAACAUUGGCUCCACUUCCACCAAUAAUAACUAAUUCCAGCCUUACACCUUCCCUACUACAAACUGCAGAAUUCCCUGGCCUUUCUUUUCAACAAGCAUCUAUAUUUUCACCCCCAAAAGACGGAACAGACGGCUUUCAGUCUGUGCCUCUCAAGGCCUCCAAUAGGCCAUCCUCACCUGUGCAGAGAACGAUUUUUCCAAAGCCCAACCUGCCCCACGAGGUUUUCAGUGAUGUGCUGAGCGAACUACGAAGUAAAGCAGGUGGAAGUGACAGCACACCUCAAACUGCACCACGAUCACACAGAAUGGUUGGUGCACCUCCUCCCCCGCCACCACCUCCUCCUCCACCCCCACCACCACCGCCACCCAUGUCACCGGACAGUCAGGCGAAAUACCAGGACAUGUAUGGACGGGCAAAAACAGUCCGGAUAGGAAAAUGGCGGUGGCCGCCACCACGUGACGACGGAGCACCCCCGGUUAGUUUUUUAGAAUUUAAACAAUCCAAACAGAAAAAAGACAAGUCCGGAGCUGAUGUCACCGAUGGGGGUGUGGAUUUUCCGGAAAUCUCGAACUUGGAAUCUGUGAUGUCAUUCGGAGCAGGUGCAGAAACUUCCACGCCGCUGACACAGUCACCACAGCAUAAUCAAGUAUCCGUCCAAGAUCGCAAUAAGAAAAACCUAAACCUCGAAGAACUAAAAGAAGAGGACUCGGAUAUCACCAGAGCUUUUGAAGGAAACGACAAACCAAUUCCAGGAAGCAUUGGCAAAGUAAAAAUCAGUUCCGAAAUGAGAGCCAAAUUAGAACAACUCACUAUGGACCACAGUGUUCGAUCAACGAAUAAAAAAGAGACCAGGGCAAAAGUUUACCCCGUUGAUGAUGAUUCUCAGCAAGACCAACAAGAAGUCAAAAAAUUAUCUGAAAGCAGAAAGAUGCUUUUGGAACAAAAACUGCGGGGCAGUGGUGACUACAUGGACGGCGCUGCCACUCGAUCCAGAGCUGAUCGAUACCCAGAAUUGCCUUACGAUCCAGAUUUACCUCAAGAUUUUCGAUCUCGAGGAAGCAGCCGAGAAGAUCGCCAGCAGUUUGUGGUCGAAAAUCUUGUCAAGUCCCAAGUGCAAAGAAUGGAAAGAGCUAGUCGCGAAAUUAGAGAUCUAAGAGAAGAGCUGGGUCAUCCCAUGAGUGCAGUUCUUCCAUCAAGAACUAGCACUCAACAAGCUACAGACUAUUUAUCAGCCCAAUCUUCGAAGUAUUUCGGACCACAUUCAUCGUUAAUGAAUGACCACUCCAGUCAAAACUCUUCUAGAAGUCUUCUGUACGAAGAAAGUUUGGCUAGCUCAUCAAGAAAUGGCUACAGGGACGAAAUGAGAUUGUUUGGCAAUUCCAGGGGUCAUCCUCCACCCCCUGUUGGUCCUAUUGGAAGCAGACUGCACCAUCCACCGUCGGUGACUGCAUCCUCUAGUUAUUAUGCGCCAAGCACAAUUGUUGUACCUAAACACAGGGAACCGCCGGCUCCUAUUUCACCGCCAAAAUUGUCGCAUGAUAGAUUAUCUGCUGAUAAAAUUGAGUUUGAAGAAAGCUCGGAGUUCCUGAAACCAAUUGAUACUGCGCCGCCAACCGUGAUGGAUACUCCGGAGCAAAGAACAUUGGAAAGCAUUAAAACUAAACAGUUUCCGCCUAGUACAGCUGCUUCGUUUUGUUACAGCAAAGUUUCUUGGCAAUUAAGAAUCAGAAAAGAGGUAUUUUCUCCGCUUGAGAAAUUAGACAAUCCAAUAUCCCUGCACCUUGUUUUCUGCCAAAUUGUGAAAGAUGUGUCAUCUCCUGCUUGCAUUAGAAUGAACCGAGAAGAAAAGAGGAAAUUGCAGCAGCUUAUUGAUGGCUACGGUGUAACAUCAUCCACUCUUCAUUCGAACAACAUAAAGCUUACCAUGAAGAGGAAUGUGGUCGAUGUCGCCAAAGACUACCCCAAUUAUUUUUCAAGACUUUUCCCAAUAUCAGGAGGUAGAAAUCUACCAAACGUACAAAUGUUGGGUGUGUCGCAUUCUGGAAUGCGAUUGGUGCGAAGAGAACGUGACGCAAUUUGUGAUUACCUCAGAGUAUUAGAUACCAUCAGUUUCGAAGAUAUUGCCGAAGUGAGCGUGCCCAGGAGCAGUACAAUCCAAAUACUGCUUCGAAAUGGCGGAUGGAUGACACUUUAUUCUCAUAAGGCUGAAAAAAUUCGAAACAUGGUUGAACGCUUCUGUGUUGAAGCUGCGCAAGGUGGUCACGAAUAUGUUAGAGCAGUCGCUGAUUACGUCACGAGAGAGGCAACUCUUCUCAGUUUCAGAGAGAAUGACAUCAUACGAGUUGUUAAAAACAGAAAUUUGCAUUUGGACAAAGGUUGGUUAUAUGGUGUCCUCGAUAAUGGAGAUUCCGGUAUUUUCCCUUGUGAAUAUGUUGCGCCUUUGGGAAAGCAGGAAGCAAAACGUGGACAGAGAAGAGAGAUGGAGACCUUGGUACAAUCGAAAAACCACUUACCAAAGCACAGGCGAGGCCCACACAUGGAUGAUAUUUCCUCAUAUCCUGACAGUCAUAUGAACGGCACUUUGGAUGGGAGGAGGGAAAAUGAUAAUCCAGCAUGGGUAGAAUCUAAAGCGGACAACUUUGAUGUUGGCGAAGGACGGCAUGAGGUCAAUCAAUCGCCACAGCCAGCCAAUGACGCCAAAUCACUUCUGCAAUUUGCCUUGUUCAACUUCAGAGAAAGCUUAGACAAAUAUGAAAUGUUACGGACGCGUGAUGGUUCUAUAAGAGGUUCCAUCAAACUAAUAGAGAGCUUAAAAACCAAAAAGAAAAAGGGAAAAAAAGAUAAAGACACAUCAGAUUGGACGUGGAAAGAGCUUGCAGAUAUGGUUAAAUAUACUAAGUCUCCUUUAAUGGCUUCUUUGCUUAAAUUUGAAGCACCUGAGCUUAACAAGUUAGCUUUAGAAUGUUUUAUCGCUAUUAUGAGGUAUAUGGGAGAUUAUCCUAUGACGAAAAAUCAAUCAGAAGUCGACUGUGUGUAUACAAUAUUAGUUACUUGCCAUAAAUAUCCUCAACUUAGGGAUGAAGUAUAUUGUCAACUUAUGAAGCAAACUACAAACAAUAAAAGUCCUAAACCAGACAGUUGUCAACGUGGAUGGCGCCUGUUUUCUAUAGUUGCUGCUUACUUUGAGUGUUCUGAUGCCUUGAAGCAAUACCUGUUCAAAUAUUUAGAAACUGCCGCUUAUGACAAACGUCGAGCUUAUCAUGGAACUGCUAUGGUGUGCUUGCAAAAUUUAAGAAAAACUUUCAAAUAUGGCGGACGCAAAAAUGUACCUAGUAUAGAAGAAAUAUCAGCCAUAUCAGCUGGAAGGAAUUCGAAACGUCAAAUAUAUCGACUUCCUGGUGGUACAGAACGAGUCAUCAAUACGAAAUCUACGACAGUUGUUCAAGAUAUCAUCGAAGAGAUUUGUACCAUUUUGAACGUUCGUAAUCAACUGGAGAUGGAAGAAUUUUCAUUAUACUGUAUAGUAGAAGGAGAUCCUUAUACAAUGCCUCUGAACAGAGAGGAAUACAUUUUGGACGUGACGACAGAAUUGCUCAAAAAUGGUCAAGUGUUUUACUUGAUAUUCUGUCGGUCCGUUUGGUAUUAUCCUCUGAGGCUGGACAAUCAUUUGUACAUUGAAGUCAUAUUUAAUCAAGUCGCACCCGAUUACUUAGAAGGUUUGCUCUUAGUCAUGCCAGGAGAACGAGUCAAAGAACAGAAUGUGGCGGAUAUCUCAAAAGUUGCUGCUUUGUUGCACAGAGCUGCUGAUAUGGAACAUACUCCUGCCAAGGAGGAAGUUAAGUAUCUUUUACCUAAACCGAUUCUGGGAGUCCGUGACAUAAGACCAGCUCAAUGGGUUGAAUAUGUUCAACAAAACUGGCCUCAAAUGACUGCACUCACUACAACAGAAGCUAAAGCUCAAUGCCUAGACAUCCUGCAAAAAUGGCCACUAUUUGGUUCCUGUUUCUUUAUUGUCAAGUGGAUAAGAGGAGACUCUUUACCUGUUGAUCACAUUCUAGCUCUUAAUAAGGAGGGUGUCCAUUUCUUGGAAGUAGUCACUCAUGAAACCGUGUGGAAAUAUCCCUUUUCAGAAGUCAUUUCAACAAGAAAAGUAAGGGCGGAAGAUGGCACUUUGUUCUUAGACAUGAAGUGUGGUAACCUGAUGGUACAGAAAAUAACACGAAUCCAGACUGACCAGGCUCAUGAAGUAUCAAGGCUGAUUCGUCAGUACAUUAACAUAGAACAAAAGCAUAGAGGUGUUACAAACGGAGACGCCCCGCAUGAUUUAACCUUAUCACGUCACGUAGACAAGUGACACUAUUUAAAAAAGAAAGCAGUGCUUUUACACUCAUAAAAAUGACAAUAUAUUGUACAAGAUAACCAAUCAAAGUAGCAAGUCAGAUAUUCUGAACGAACUGUAAAGACAAAAAUCAAAAGUGUUCAAGUGCACGAACAAACAUUUGUUUGAACUUUUGGAUUGGUGUGUUAAAGAUACAAAGUAGAAAUGAAUCUCUCUCUAAGAAAUUUUUCUUGAAAAAGGAACGUUGAUUUGAUCAAGUGAGACUAUUUUUAAAAAGUCUAACAUUCCUAAAUCGAGAAUUUAUUUUUGAUGAAGAAUAAAUUGGACAGUUUGGUUCCCAAGUGCCAAAUGGAACAAUAGUGUGAUGAAAAGUGAGAAAAUUAUUAAUUAGUUAAAAGAAACAUUAAUUUUCAAAUGGUGAUUUAAUAACUUCUUUGUCUAAACAUAGGUAUUUAAAAUCAUGUAUAUUAAGAUUUAUGCAUUGUCAUUUGCUUUUACCUCUACAUUUUUCUUCCAUGCAGCUCUCUUUUUUAUGUAAUGUAUAUUUAUAAAUAUUUUUCUGAGAGAAAAAUUGACAAGA